CAACAAAGAAUACAUAUUCCAUCUGUUGUGUCUGACAGGUGGCAACACUGGCAUUGGGAAGGCGACUUCCGCAGAGCUGGCCACGAGAGGAGCCCGAGUGAUUCUGGCCUGCCGCAGCAAACAGAGAGGAGAAGCAGCAGCACAAGAAAUCAGGAUGGAAACUGGGAAUGAUGCUGUGAUCUUCAUGCAACUGGAUCUUGCAAGUCACAAAUCCAUCCGAUCUUUUGCUGAAACCUUCCUGAAAGCCGAGCCCAGACUGGACCUGCUCAUCAAUAAUGCUGCACUGGCCGCUCCAGGACGCACUGAAGAUGGCAUCGGGAUGAUCCUCGGUGUCAAUCAUAUCGGUUCAUUCCUGUUGACCAAUCUUCUGUUGGAGCGGUCGGUAAGAUCAGAGCUCGCCCGUGACAUCAAUGAAUGGCACACACACAUUAUCAAGGCCAUUAUUAGCAAGUUCUGGGCGACUGACCCGGUGUCUGGGGCUCAGACGACGCUGUACUGCGCACUACAAGAGAACAUCGAGCACCUGAGCGGACGAUACUUUUCUGACUGUCAGCUGGUGCAAGUCAAGCCUGAGGCCAGAGACGAUGGAAUCGCCAAAAAACUGUGGGACGUCA